AUGGCUUCAACAUCUACUUCAAAUAUUAUUCUUCGUGAGCAAGAUAAAAUUUUUUUAAUUGGUAGUACUUGCAACCAAAUUAUUGGUAGUGAAUUACCGUCAAAAAGACAGGCGUUACGUGUACUUUUUUUUAAUAUGCGUAAAGUAAAACUCAACUUACACAAAAGUGCGAAACUUGUUAUCCAAGAAAUAGUUGUAUUUUGGCAAAAAGCUCGCAUUCCAAUAAGACAAGAAUACAAUAACAUUAAGAAGCUGGAAUCAUUAUACGAAGAAUGGAGAACCUUACAAAAACAUGCAACAAGAAAAACUGAAAUAAAUAAGAAAAAACAAGAAUGUUUUGUGAAUGAGUUAGAUGACCUUUUUGAUAUUGCACAUAUGAAUGCAUUGGAUAUUAUUAAAAUAGAAGUAGAUCGACAAUUCUUACUAUCUCAAAGAGAAAAAGGCAGAAUUGGUUGUAUGCUUGGUAAAGAUAAAAAUUUACAAAAAACUGAAGAAAGAGUAAUUACUCGGUUAGAAGCAGUUACAAAACGGAAAGAGAGAGCUUAUGGAGAAAUUGAACAAGCAAGACGUACUGUUGACAGCGAAAUAAUUUGUUCUACAAGUUCUGAUAGCGAUUCUGAUACUGGUGAAAAUAUUUCAAACAAAUCGUUAGAUAUUGGUAACACAUCCGAAUUCCUAGAUCUUCAUACGUUUCAAAGUAGAGGUAAGAAAAAUUUUAUAACGCCGAAACUUGCAAUCGCAUUGGACAGGUGUAAAAUAAGUGAUCGCGAUGCAGUUCAUAUAUUAACAGCUACUGUAGAAGCGUUUGGUAUACACGUAAAUGAUUUAAUUUUAAAUCGGACAUCUAUUAACCGAAUACGCCAGCGCUUACGUAAGGAUAGAGCAGAUCAACUUCGAAAAGAAUUCAAUACAUCAGAAGUAGGUCCAGUUGUUGUUCAUUGGGAUGAAGAUUCAAUUCGUUCAAUUUGUAUUUUUCUUAUUCGAUUGUAUAUUAAGGCAUGGUUUUGUGCACCUAUUGCCUCUUUAGCUCCAUUUCAAGACUUACAAUUUUUGAAAAGUCUCGUCGAUUAUGAAAAUAUACAUAAAAAAAUUUCUCAAUCAACAUUAAAAAAACUAUGUGGACACUUGUGGUAUUUAACACCUGAAACAGUAGCAUUGGCAUUUUUUGAUACUAAUUUAACAAUUGAAACAAAAAUUAAAAUGGUAGAUUCUAUAAAACUAAAUAAUUUAACUUCUGAAAUUAAUAAACGAAUCAUUGUUUCACCAAAUGAAGUAACUCAAAUCAUGAAGAAAGAAAUAUAUGAUUUUAUUUACGUUGAAUCUACAUCAUUUUUUUCACGAUUUGGAAUAUCAACAUCAUUCUUGGAGCAACAUCCAUCAAUGUGGGAUGAAAAUGUAGACUUUCAAAAAGGUCUUGAAAUUGUAAAUACAUUUCGUGUUACAAAUGAUACGGCAGAAAGAGGGGUAAAGCUCAUGGAGGAGUAUAAUAAGGUCUUAACAAAAAAUGAAGAGCAAAAACAAUACGUGCUUCAAGUUGUCAAAGAUUAUCGCCGAAAAUACCCAAACAGUUUAAAAACUACGGUUUUAAACCCAUUUUAA